AUGGAUCGAUAUUGGGUCGGUUUCUUUCUGGUGCUUUCAUGUCUUGUUGGAGCUUUAGAUGCUAGUGCUGGUGAUGCUGAUCCCAUUUACAGGACGUGUGUUGGACAAUGUGAAAAAUCUGGAUGUGUGGGGCAAAGAUGCUUUUCACACUGCAAUUUUUCUUCAGAUAUUGUCUCCAUUGGUGGUCCAUGGUACAAGCAAGAACCUCUUUACUUGCAAUGGAAACAAUGGGAUUGCCAGAGUGAUUGUCGUUAUUAUUGUAUGGUUGAUAGAGAGAAAGAAAGAAAAGCACUUGGUCAUGGUCCUGUCAAGUACCAUGGUAAAUGGCCCUUCAAACGUGUAUAUGGAAUCCAGGAGCCUGUAUCUGUUGCUUUAUCUGCCCUUAACCUUGCAAUGCAUUUCCAUGGUUGGCUAUCCUUUUUUGUUCUUCUCUACUAUAAGUUGCCCCUAAAACAAGAUAAAAAGGCAUACUAUGAAUAUGCCUCUUUGUGGCAUAUCUAUGGGCUUUUAUCAUUGAACUCCUGGUUCUGGAGUGCUGUUUUCCAUAGCCGAGAUGUGGAUUUGACAGAGAAGUUAGACUACUCUUCUGCAGUGGCACUUUUAGGAUUCUCAUUAAUUAUGUCUAUACUAAGAAGUUUUAAUGUGAGGGACGAGGCUGCAAGGGUCAUGGUUGCUGCUCCACUGCUCGCAUUUCUGACCACUCAUAUACUGUUCCUCAACUUCUAUAAACUAGACUACGGGUGGAACAUGCAAGUUUGUGUUGUCAUGGCAGUUGCUCAGCUUCUCCUUUGGGCAAUUUGGGCUGGUGUCACUGUCCACCCUUCUCGCUGGAAGUUGUGGGUGGUGGUCAUUGGAGGUGGCCUGGCAAUGCUUUUAGAAAUCUAUGAUUUCCCUCCAUAUGAAGGAUACGUGGAUGCCCAUGCACUUUGGCAUGCCACCACGAUUCCUCUUACCUACAUUUGGUGGAGUUUCAUCAGGGAUGAUGCCGAGUUCUGCACCUCAAAUCUCCUUAAGAAGGCUAAGUAG